AUGGUGAUUCUAUGGAAAAAAGGUUCUCUAUGUGCUAACUAUAGCUUCUCCGGGUAUGGGUAUGUUGGUAUUAAUGCUACUCGGGAUGGCGUUUGCUUCAAUUUAGUAAACAUGUAUGCUCCUUGCAAUAUGGUUUUAAGGAGAAGAUUGUGGGCUGGUUUGAUUGACAGGAGGUUAAAAAGCGGGAAUGAGAAGUGGUGUUUAGGAGGGGAUUUCAACGAAAUCACUAGUAGGGUCGAAAGACUAGGAUUUGGAGGCGGAUUCAAUCUGAGAGGGAUGAAGGAGUUUCGGGAAUUCAUUGAGAGCAUGGGAGUGGUGGAUAUACCGUGUGUAGGUAAGUUCUCUUGGUUUAAAGAUAACGGAAAGGCAAUGAGUAGAAUCGAUAGAUUCUUAGUCUCAGAAUCCUUGAUUGAUGAUUGGGGUGUUCUUGACCAAAGGAUUGUCGUCGAUUGGGGACCUAAACCGUUUAGAUUUAACAACGCGUGGAUAAAUCAUAAGGACUUUAAGGAGUUCAUUUGCAAUGAAUGGGCUAAGUUGAAGAUUGAUGGUAGAGGAGACUUUAUCUUGUUUGAGAAACUCAAACUUUUGAAGGCAAAGAUUAGAAUUUGGAACCGGGAGGUGUUUGGUUGGAUCGACCUUAAAGUUAGUGAAGAACCGGCAAAGAUCAACGUUUUGGACAAUUUGGUGGUGGAAAAUUUUGAUGGUGACAUUGAACCUUUUGUGAAAGCUAGAAAAGAGGCCACUUGCGAGUUUUGGAAUAAUCUUUGGAAUAAACUUUGGUUACAUGAUGGUGAUAAGAACACGUGA